UCUUUCUUCCUAUCUAUACUUUGCCUUUCCCCUUUUUUUCUGUUGAAAGAAAAGUGUGUCAAGAAACCUAAAACAAUGCCUGUUACAAGCUUAGAAACAAUAACAACGAUGAAUACAACAACAUCACCAACACUAACAGAGGAAGAAACAAACAAAGACUCUUCUCCUCAUCAGUUUUCUCAUUCACAUGACCUCCCUUUUGUCAUGUCUUCCUCUACUUUCCCUAUCACCCUUAAGUUCAUGGACGUAAGUUAUAGGAUAAAACUUGAGAAUAAAUUAACAAGUGGGGGAAGUAGCAACUUAAGAAAGAUGUUUGCAAGUGGACCCACAUCAUUAUCAACCGAUAUUGAAAAUCCAACGGCCAUGAUUCAUCAAGAACGUACACUCUUGAAUGGGAUUACUGGAAUGGUUUCACCAGGUGAAAUCUUAGCCGUUCUUGGACCAUCAGGGAGUGGUAAAUCAACGCUCCUAAAUGCACUUGCAGGAAGACUCCAAGGACACAGCUACACUGGAACAAUCCUCGCAAAUAACAAGAAACUCAACAAACAAGUCUUAAAACGAACCGGGUUCGUAACACAAGAUGAUGUGCUUUACCCACACUUAACGGUUCGCGAAACUCUAAUCUUUUGUGCCCUGCUCCGACUCCCUAACUCGUUGAACCGGAAGGAAAAAAUCGCGGUUACUGACUCGGUGAUCACCGAGUUAGGACUAAAUAAAUGUGAGGACACAAUAAUUGGUAACAGCUUCAUACGUGGGGUGUCUGGUGGUGAAAGAAAACGCGUUAGCAUAGCACACGAAAUGCUAAUAAACCCGAGUUUGCUCAUACUCGAUGAACCGACGUCCGGUCUAGACGCUACAGCGGCUUACCGGUUGGUCUCGACACUCGGGUCAUUAGCUCAGAAGGGAAAAACUGUAAUUACGUCCGUUCACCAACCGUCAAGCCGGGUUUUUCAAAUGUUUGACUCAGUUCUUGUUUUGUCGGAAGGGAGGUGUUUGUAUUUUGGAAAAGGAAAUGAUGCAAUGAAUUAUUUCGAGUCGGUUGGAUUUUCUCCAUCUUUUCCCAUGAAUCCAGCAGAUUUCCUCCUUGAUCUCGCUAAUGGGGUUUGCCAGUUUGAUGGAGUAAGUGAGAAAGAAAGGCCUAAUGUAAAUCAAACUUUGGUAUCCACUUACAACAAUUUGUUAGCUCCCAAGGUCAAAGCAGCUUGUUUGGAUACAACCAACACAGUUCCUAAAGAGGUCAUGAACAUGGGAACCUAUAAUACUUGUUCCAGUUCCAAAAGAACUUGCACAAGUAGCAUCUCCAAUUGGUUCAAUCAAUUCAGCAUUCUCCUUCAAAGAGGGCUAAAAGAAAGAAAGCAUGAAACUUUCAAUUAUUUGAGAGUCUUUCAAGUAAUUGCAGCUUCUCUUUUAGCUGGUUCUAUGUGGUGGCAUUCUGACUAUAGGGAUAUACAGGACAGGCUUGGCCUCCUCUUCUUCAUUUCCAUCUUUUGGGGAGUCUUCCCGUCGUUUAAUGCUGUUUUCGCGUUCCCUCAAGAACGUGCAAUAUUCAUGAAGGAAAGGGCUUCGGGUAUGUACACGCUCUCCUCCUAUUUCAUGGCACGUAUCGUCGGAGAUCUUCCUAUGGACCUUAUCUUGCCUACAUUGUUCCUCACUAUAACGUACUGGAUGGCGGGGCUAAAGCCACAACUCUUGGCAUUCCUUCUGACAUUACUCGUCCUUCUGAGCUACGUGAUAGUGUCACAAGGACUCGGUCUAGCACUUGGCGCCAUAAUUAUGGAUGCUAAGCAAGCUUCAACUGUGAUCACUGUAACGAUGUUAGCAUUCGUUCUAACGGGAGGGUUCUACGUGCACAAAGUGCCAGCUUGCCUAGCUUGGAUCAAGUACAUUUCGACCACAUUUUACAGUUAUCGACUACUUAUUGAUGUCCAAUAUGGAGAAGGCAACGAAAUUUCGGACUUCCUAGGGUGCUCACAUCAGGGAAGUGAUAGAGCUAGCUGCAAAUUCAUUGAACAAGAUAUCAAAGGUCAAAUUCAUCCAUCCGCGAGCCUCGGAAUCCUCCUAAUAAUGUUUGUUGGAUAUCGAUUAAUUGCUUACCUUGCAUUGAGGCGAAUUCGAGCCUAAACAGAGGGGAAAGUUUCUGAUUUUAUUAGAUGAUAAUUUGAGGGAAAACAUGAGAUAUGUUAGCUAGCUUUGUGGGGGAUGUGGGAAUAGUAUAUAUACUUGUUGAGUAAUGUGACUGACAAAGCUGGAGUGGGUAGGGAAAAUUGAAGUGUAUUAUAAGAGGGAAAAAUUCUGAGAGAUGUUGUGAUUCACUUGCACCUAAAACUGGCGAAAGGCCAGCAUUCGUUGUUGUAACUCAUAUGGCUACAAUUAAUGGUACUAAAAAAAAAAAAAAACAGGAAUUUUCACUCCAAUGAAAUGGACAUUAAUUUCUUGAUCUCUUUUGAAUUAUUUUGAUAAAUGUAACAUUGGAUCGUGCCUACUGUGCUACUCAUGAUCUUUAUUGUUUUGGAUAUAUGAAGAAAGGAAGGGGAAAAAGAAAAAGGGAAAAGAAUCUAUCAUCUUUAAUACUA